UGGCGAAACAUUUAAAGGUGGUCUCAUUUGUACAACAACCACAAAUCAUAUGGUGCUAUUCGCCAUCUUACCAUCAAGAUGAUCGCCGUUUUGCCAACAUUGUUAAGUAAAGAAACUUGUGUGCUUGUUAUGCUAAGUUAUGGCUGGUACUGUUUUCGUUUUUCACGGUUACUAUUUUCGCGAUUACUUUUUUGAAACACUGCGCAAACAAUUGAGUGAAGGUCCUACUGAAUGAAAUCAGCUUUUUUUUUUGCUUUAAAAUCUAUUAUCUAUGAAAAGUAAUCGGCGAAAAAUAUCGCGAAAAACGAGUAUAGUACCAGACUUUAUGGCCGAAAUGAGCGAAAAAUGCAAAGCUGCAGCAGAACUGAACUGAAGCAAGCAUAAAGUUUAAGAAGCGUAGAGUUUGGAGCGUACUGGAUUCGAAUCAUACUAUAUCUUGCUUUAUUCGUGGUCCUAAUCAAAUUCCCAGUUGCAUACUAAUAUUAUCCCAAAAUCAUUUUGACUGAUGUAUACAUGACAUAAUUGUCGGCGUUCUCCGCAAUAAAUAUUUACUAUUUGGUUAUAUUUAAUCGAAAUUGUUGUGACCAAACAUUAGUUUCGCACCAAACAAAGAGAAAUUCCUGAAAUGUGAAUUUCACCAUUCACAAGCGGGGCGAGGAAAAAAUCAAUAAUCCUACUGCUGCUUGGCGAAAUAGGAGUCGCUUAACACAACAAAUACGAUAAAAAUAUGCGAAAAUAAACAACAACAAUCUGGCGCAAAGAAAUUCAAAAUGUCGGACGAGGAGUCAAUUUCUGAGGGGUUUUCUGCCAGUGAGGAUGAGUGGAAGCCCAGCAAGGAAGUCAGAGGAGGCGAAUCCUCGGACGAUGAUGACAGUGACUUUGAAGAGUCGUCACCAAUAGCUAGUGCUACAAGUGCACCAAAGAGAAGCAGAGUUGAACGUGAACCCAAGGCUCGCAGUUCUACGAAACAGGUUUCAUCCAAAAAGAAGCCCGGGCAAUCAUUGCGUGCCAAGCUGUACAACAAAUAUAGGCCGCUGCCGAAAACAUUUUCUCCACCAAGUAGUGACGGCAAAAAUUCACCAUCCGCUUCCACUUCACGAACGAAAUCAAAAAACGCAAAAGCGCCCAAUGAAAGUAACACAAAAGACCGCAGUGAGGAUGAUGGUUCCAGUAGCGAUGGCAGCAUCGAUAACUAUUUGGUUGAUCCUGAGGAACUCGACAUUCAAUCUAGCUUCUUCAAUGUCUCAUCAAAGACCACUGCAGAUAAGCCAUCCGUUUCCCCAGUUCCUGACUUUGAUUGCAAUGCCGGUUUGGGCAACCUGUCGGACUCAGCAUCGGAUGAAGAUGAGAAUAACGUGUCCGUCAACUUUAUUAAGAAGGACGAGACUAAAGCAUUUGAUUUUCGCAACAUACUCGAAAACGUCAAUAGUCUGGAGCGAGUGAAAGAAUCACUGGCAAAGCAGGCAGCUGAAGAUGCAUCGAAGAAAAAGUCUCGCACUGCUUCGAACAAACUAGAUACAAUGGAUGUAUACUCAUUACUUGCAUUGGGCGAAAAACAACAUCGAUCCCACAACGACGGUGAAGAUGAAGAUGACGAAGAAGACGAUGAGGAGGCAGCUGCAGCUGCAGACAAAGAACGUCGCAGCAAAGCCCCAUCCAAACUGAGUAAGACUAAAUCAACUCGUGUUAAACGCCAUACAAAGACACGGCCUGCAUCGACGCUAAUAGCUGGAGGCGAUACCGACGAUUCUGAGUUUGAGGAAGUGGCAGGUAGGAAACGCAAGUAGUGACACCUUCUAUAUAGGUUGGUGAUGGUUGGUUGGCUAUAGACUUACUGUUGUUAUACCUUGUGGCCAUUGUUAUGAUUGUAGUUGAUUUUUACUUGUCUAUAUGUGUCUGUCAAGUUUAUCAUUUACACCAAGUCCUUAAGACGAAAACGCUAACAAUAUUAGACAGGACUAUGUAAGAAAAAGUCUCAUGUGCGCGCGCUUCCACUGACUCAAUAAUCAAAUGAGACUGCAUAGAUACUAACAGCUACUGCAUACUAAUAUAAAGUUAUGCUUUGAUGCAAGUUUUUGGAUAAUAAAACAAUACCAUAGAAAAUGCAAUCAAUAACGAAAAGCAGGUAUCAUCAACAAAUAUUAACUCAUUUUUCUUAAAUUCUAAAUAUGACGCUAAAAAAGAUCAAGAAUGUGGAAUAAUUUGAUAUAGGUAGUUUUUAUUUAUUUAUACAUUACUUUCCAAUCUGUUUUUUAAUGGUUGUGACUUCCUUUUCAUUUAGUGUUUACUACUAAUGCUCUUUAUUUUUAUUAAUUUCAUUUCAAUUCAUGUAUCUGCCGAGUAAAAAAAGUUCAUAUGGUUUGAUCUGAGAAAUGAUUAUAUAGUAUGUAUGUAUAUUUCUUGACAAAAUUGAGCCAAAGUUUUUAGUAAAGAAUUAGGAUCUUAUUCACAAAACUUAAUGUGGAUUUGAAAAAGGUUUAUAUGACAAUUUUUUUUAUAGAACUGUCAAAUAAACCUAUUGUAUUUCAAAUCCACAUUAAAUUUAAUCAUUUUCAUUGGAAAGCACCAACGCCCUUGUCUGAUACCACAAAACUACUCGACCGAAAUCAUGUUUGGGAAAGUUUUUUGUUUUGUUAUUUCCCUUUCUUUUACGUUUUCUAGCUAUCUUCAAUAUAUUCGAUUAUAGAUAUAUCGAUCGGUUCAUUUCCAAAAGGCUUCAUUGCAGAGUCUGUUUUUUAAAUUGCUCUAGACCAUUGUUUUAGAUAUAUCUUUAUGUCAAGUCAAAAGUGUGUAAGACAUAUCGUAAAUGUAAUGCAAUUUUGUUCCCUAUACCAAUUUAUAGAUUUUGAGAUAAACGUAUUUUGUGAUAAAUGCUUGGAAAAAGGGAAUGUUUGCCACAUUUUACUCGCGAAAACUAAAAAUAAGACACCGCAAUUUUUUUAAAGUACCCGUUGUUGCGAUCCUGUUCUUCGGUCCAAAGGACCCUUCCUCGCGGGAAAAUUAGAACCAUGAGCGUGACCCCCGCUUGCAUUCAGAGACUCUUGCGCCGAGACUCUCCACCCGAUACCGCUGCUUGGCCGCGACUUUAGUUACAGCCAGUAUUGAAGAUUUCUCCCCAAAUUGGGUUGUUAUUUUCGAAAAUGGGGACUAAAUUUUUGACUUGGGUAUUUGAUGGGGAUUCGGAGCAAAACUUGGUGAUUUUUCGGGGAGAUAUUUUCUGUUAAAAUUUUUUGAUUUUACUUUAUUAUUUUUUUUAGUCAUAUUUGAUAAACAUCUACAUAACAUAAAUCGGUACAAUUUACACCACGUUAUACUUGCUGUGCUUUAUUUCAGUACUAUAUAGUACACGAAUAACCGGUUAUUAUUAUCUGUAAUCGCAUGAUAUUGAUAAUUAUCCAGUGCAGCUUUGCACUGAAAUUCUUCCCAGAACAUAUGACAUGCACUUGAUAAGGGUUGAAACUCUAUUCGGCUUUGCAUGUGCACAACUUUCAUACUCCACAUACAAAAAAUUGUAAAUGAAAAAUGUGUGAAAAUGUUUUUUUAGGCUUAUGACUUAAAAGUAGCAAUUAGGCAUAUUUAAUCCUAGUGUAAUAUGAUGGCAGGAUUGUGUUGUUGAGAUUGUUCACAACAAAAACAGUACCCUGCUUAAGAUAAAAAGAAAAAACAGCAACUACAUCAAUGAAAUAUUACGUCAGUUUUUUAUACAGUGCAAAGCACGUUUUAUCGACUAUUAUUGCAUGAUAACGAUAACAAUCUAUCCAAUUCAACUUGGCAAUGGUUAUCUAUCCAGUACGCCUGACUUACAUUGAAUGUAAAAAACAGACUCUACAUCCAUUUUUCCUAACUUCAAAUCCUUAGUCGGUUGAAUUGUAAAAAACAGACUCUACAUCCAUUUUUCCUAACUUCAAAUCCUUAGUCGGUUGGCCGUCAGUAAAACAUAUUUUUGUCCAAGAAAUGAAUUCUAUUUUUUUUUUAUAAAAAGCCUUUCAAAAUUGUUUGGGGACAUAUAUUCAAAAUUGAGGAUUUUCGGGGACAAAAGAUUCAAAAUUUGGGGACAAGGGACGGAAAAAUACUGGCAUACGCGGUUGCAUCUACCCCUACCGAGUAUUCCACAAUCCACAAUCUGUGGACGCUCCCGUUAGCUCUUAGCUCAGCUUCUCAUAAAACCGUGAACACACAAAUCGGACUUCAACCGGUGUGGUGCUACCAUACGGCAAUGCAAAAGUAUACACAGCUUUCUAACUGUACAAUUGGAACGGUUUGUCGUUAUUGUAAAAAAGCUGCAUGUUUUUGAAAGGUGAGAAGUGCGUCUUCCUUACAAGUGUCGUUUAUUUAAGUCGAGUGAUCUGUUCUCAUAUAAAAUAGUUGCAAACGUUGGGCUUUGCAAAAAGCAAGCAAAUAUAUUGAAAACAUGGCAUUUUAUUUGAGAAGACAAAUAAUGAUGCAGCAACGCUUAAUAGAAAGGUUUGUAGUUGAAUAUGCUGUGCAUGGUUUUAUUGAUAAAUUUGAGUUCUUCUGACUAUUUAUGUGGAUGCAAAUGAGCGUUUGCCAUAUGGCAAGACCAAUGCUAUUUAUUCCCUCCAUAAAAAGAUAGUUUGUCUGUCCAAAGCUAGUCUAGCCUAACUCUUUAGAAAGUAAGCGUGCUUUCGACAGAAGGACGGCCGAACAUGGCUAGAUAGGGGUCUUAGAUUAAUAUUUCAAGGUGUUACAAAGGGAAUGACGAAAUUAUUUUAUCCCCAUACUAUGGUGGAGGGUAUAAAAACCCGGAAAUUGUGUGUCUCAUUCAUGGUUACAUGAGAUAGAAUGUGGCAUCCUACUUAAAUUAGAGCUGACAAACUAUCCAUAUUCGCUCCAUUCGAUAGUUCCGAUAUUUUUCUUCUUAACCUAUUAGUACAUAGUGUCCGACGUUUUUAUUUCUUACACUACGUGUAAGAAAAGAAGUUGAAACACAUCACAAUUCACACUUGUUCUAUAAUUUUAAUCAAGUUUCAACUUUAAAGUUCUUGUUUACUUUAAAGUUUAAAGUGAAAAAACUUCCAAAAAAAGCAAGGGUGACAGGUGCAUGAAUAAAAUGCAAAUUUGCCCGUGAAGAUUCCAUUAAGGUACAGGGGCAAACUUCUCACAUAUCAAUCAGUGCUGUCCGAUUCAAGUUUAAGCUCAAGGAUAUGGGGCCUCCUUUUUAAAGUCGAGUCCUAACGGCGUGCCCCUGUGCUAAACCUCUUGGUGAAGAAGUUUUUACAUGGGGGCAAUACCAAAUGGUACUGUACCUCACAUAUGUCGCCAGCAUUAGGAGGAGUUAACCGCCGCUGGAAAAUGUUUCUGAUGUUCUCGCCAGAAUUCGAACCCAGCCGUUCAGCGUCAUAGGCGACAUGCUAACCUUUGCGUUGGUGAUAAACAAAAGCACGAAAAAUUAAAUUAAAACUAGUGGUACGUUAACGGGACCAAUAUUUUUAAAUUUUACAGCAAAUUCUAAGAAUAUGCGUAUUCAAAUUAUGAUGAAAAUGAUGCAGAUUGACAUAUAUUAGGUGCACUCGCGGCAUAUCAUCAUUUAUAAAGUACGCUCUGUAAAAACCAAGUUUUGUUUAUACAUAAAAAAUUAAAUCGCUUAUUGGCCAUCAUUCAUUUCUAAACAAAAUAAAAUUUUUGAAUAAACUGUGCUAGGGAGCUUUAUCGUAUUUAGAGCGCGCAACAAGCCGAUUACUGGCAUUGUUGUUGUUGUUGUAGCAAUGUGUUGUACACUGAGACGGCAACCCUUGUCGAUGAAGGACUCCAUCGGGUCAAUCCGAUACGUACAACUGGCUGCCAUGGGAUUGGUACUAGCAUAGAUGAAUUUCCAUAGUGGCAUGGGAUAUUUAUCUGCACCCUCUUUUCAACAUAACCUAACUAUCGAUACUAUCAAUAAUUUAAAAAAUUUGUUAAAUAUAUUAUUAAUUAUUAAAAAUACAUAUUUUCAAAGAAAACACGUAAAAAUAAAACGAAUAUCUGCAACAUUCCUGAAACCAUAUACAACAGCCAAUCAGCUUUACUGGAGCUUUAUUUGAGAGAUUUGAAAAUCCGUUUUCAAUCAGGUUUUAUUAAAAGCGCCUUACAAAUUGGUGGUUUGGGGAAUUCAUGCACAAAAUUUCUGCAUGAUUGGCUAUUAAUUGAGGUUUCUCAGGAGUUAAAAUGUAAAAUUGGGCACUAAGAUGCCAUAAUCCAAAAUUGCUCAAUAUUACAGUACUCGACUUAUCGUGUCCUUUUUACCUUUCUACUAAAGUGGUAAUAUCGAUGGAUGCCAUCGUUUAAAACUGUCGAUAAGAUCGAUAGUGCCAUCGAUAGUUUGCCAGCUGUAACUUAAAUAUUGUGGCUGGGAUAACUUAAUCAUUGGUUUAAUUUUUGAAUUUUUGUAACUACCACCAUAGGGGGUGGGGGUGUAUUAACUUAGUCAUUCCAUUGGUAACAACUCUCGAAAUAUAGAUUUACGAUCCCAUAAGGACAUACAUUCUAGAUCGUCUUGGCGUUCAAGUCCAUCCAGCCAUGUACGACCGUCCGUCCGUCUGUGGCAUUCACGGUAGCAGUCGACUGAUGUAGGUCGUUGGUGAUUGCAAAUGACCGAAAUCGAUUCAUAUUCAGAUGUAGCUCCCAUAUAGAAUGGUUUUUCGAUUUGACUUCUUGAUACCGUAAAAGCUGCAAUUCUUAUUGAAUUUGGUAGAAUUUUUGUACUUAGUGUUAUAAACAAAUCUCUCGAUAGGUCAACUAAGUCCAUUUAUGUAUUUUUUUUAGCAGAAUCCAAAGUGGUGGUUUCCCAAGAUUCGGCCCGGCCGAACUUAGCACAUUUCUACUUGUAUUUUUUAUAGUUUCGGCGAAAACAUGUGAUACUUUAGCUAUGCAAAACUUUCUUACAAUAUAAUAAGUGGCGUUUGGACCCAGCUAUACAGAUACGAAACAAUCUUGGUACAAUUGUGGCACUCAUUUUGAAGGCGGUCUUAGUCUUGCUCUUUUAUAUCCUUUAAAAAUACCAAAACAAACUUAUCUUGUGUAUCGAGAUACAGAAUAUAGAAGAACUUGCAAAGCACACGUUGCAAUUUCCCUUUUUUUAGUUUAUUAUAAUUUACCAUCACUCCAUGAUUACAUAUUUAUAAAAUAUUUAUUUUGAAAAUGCAUUUAAGGGUUAAUACAGUUGUAUGUCAAGUGACUGCAUUUGCUAAUUCAGAAAUUAGCAGUAGUUAGGAAUGGAGAAUCAUUUAAAAAUUCUAAAGAGUAAAGAUCAAAGAUAAUAAAUAAAAAUAGCAUUAAUGGUAAACAAUUGAAUAUUUAUCUUUUAAUAUCUGAUACAAAAUUUGCUGGCUCUGGCCGGAAUUGUUGCAUUCACACUUCAAAUUUCGUUGUUUGUAACUGAUUGAUUGGCAAGGAGCUUUUUCAGAGAAUAAAGUGACAGCAAUUAAGGCCACGGACAGGGGCUAACUUUUUAGUUUUUUUUUUUCUAUUGUUAUUAUUGUAAGUUAUGAACUCUUGGACUGACAUUUCUAUUUAGCAAAACCAAAUCUUUAAGUGCGAAUGUACUGUUCAAACAUUAUAUUUUUGGUUGCCUUUUUGUUUUUGGCAAUCAACAUGGUUGAUUCAAUGCCAAAUAGCGAGUUGAAAUAGACUUGACACUUAUCAAAAAAGGAAAAUUAUUGUAUCAUAAACCACGAAUGAUUAAAAUAAUACGCUAAGUAUACAAAACUGUAUGUUGUUCUUUGGUACAUUCUGUUCCCAAUUAAGAGUUAUUAACAAUUUUUAUUUAUCAAAAGUUUACAAAAGUACAAAAAUCUCCUUUGGGUAUUUUAUAGUUUGCUUCUUCGAAAGCUAUCUUUUCUUCUGAACUAUUGAGCUCAUUGAAAGUAUUGGCACUGAGCGAGGUGUUUGUCAGCCUCGGGAAUAACAGUUGGAUUAUAAGUCACAGAAAGAAAAAAAUAUAUGUGGAGUAGCAUCAAGUUGGCCAAAAUACUAAAGGACCUUUGGUGAAUUUUGAAAUUUGCGGACUGUAUUCAGUCAAUCCUUUUGUCUGUUGUAGUCGAGUUACAAACUAAAAAAGAUGUUGAGUUGAGGUUUUUAAUACAAAAACACUGGUUAAAUUCUUGACUGGGCCAAAUCGGGCUUUGUGCAUACAUUUGGUAAAUGACGAGUAUGGUCCAUAUCAGAUCACAUACACCUAUUAAAUGUGUAUUUAUUACCCGAUAUAGGGGCUUCUGAACAGUGAAUUAUUGUGGAUCCCUCGAUACCAUUAUCCAAACGAACAAAAUUCAGAAAACCCAAGACCAAGCGAAAAAAAACCCAAAGUCAAGACCAUAAUUUUGUGGCUUUUGCGGCGCAUCUUGCAUGUCUCCGUUCACUAGUCAUUGCUUGUUCGUAAUUGCGGCGAAAGAAGUACCAUAGACACGAUAUUUUAAUUCUUGUGACUUUUUUUCUGGUCCCAUAAGUAAAGACAAACCAUGAAAGAAUACCGUUAUGCGAGCGAAGAAUCGCUUGAAACUGUCCACAGGUUUGGAAAAUGCAUUGGCACAAAUGUAUUAUAUCGAGCGGGCGCAAAAUAGAAAUAAAUAAAUAAAGAAUUAAAAAAAAAAUCUUCUUUGAAGAAAAUUAUUUUUACUUUUUAUAUCUUGACUCGUAGUUCAAUUCUACGGGGAAGCGAUCCGACCAGUUCUCGUCCUGGAACGUAUAUCUAUUGAUACCGUUACAUAGACCCCAUUUUCCCUUGUUCCUUAGUGGAAUGUUCCUUGGCAAAAUUUGCAAUUUUACAUAGACCCCACAGCCGUAGAAGCCGUGGUGCUGAAAUUUUUGCAUUACAAAAAGGCAACUCCCAACGUAAAAAUAGGAGAUUAUGUAUGUAUAUAAUGCCACAUCAUGUUGCAUACGAAAAAUAUUGUUUAAGCUGUUAUCACUCUAUAUGGUCAUGUCUUAUGACAGUUCACUUUUAUGUAUCAUUUGUAUUUCAAAUUAUCGUGUUUGGUAUCACACACACUAGUACAUAUAUGUUAUUUUUGUAUGACAUAACCUAAAAAUGUAACAACAGCUCAUAUUUUAAAGCGUAAAAAUUGUUACAGUUGUGAGAAAGCUAAUGUUGUGAAAAUAAUUUAAUUUGGCGUUGCUUUCAUCCGACUGACAGCAAAAAUAGUUGAUUUCUUAAUGUUUUUGUCAGAUGAAAUAGAGCACCGCUCUAAACGAAAAAUAACAUUUGCUAUUUUGAAAUGUGAUUGUGUGAUAUGUGAAAAUUUUACAAUAGCAAAAUUUGACAUAUCACAAGACAAGAACAUACAGUGUGAUAGAGCCUUAAGUACACGCGUACUUCCUGUAAUGAACAGAAGUAUUUGUGUACACAAUAAAAUCUGAAUUUGUGAAUGUACACUCUGAAAGUCACUCGCACAGAGCACAAAUCUCUGCAAUAUCAGAUAUUAUUUUAUACAAAUAUCAAAUUAUACGAGUAUAUAUAUAUACAUCAGAAAAAGAUUAAAAAACAAAACGAAAAAUCAAACCUAACCUUAGUAAAUGUAGUUAAUUUAAAUAUUUAGAACUGAAUUAAAACGAAUUUACUUUAAAAAUGUAUUCAUAUGUUAAAAAGUAAAAAAAAAAACAAACAAAAACAAUUGAAAAGACACACAACAACGUUAAAAUAACAAAAAAAAAAAUGUUAAAAAGACACUCUUAUGUUAGUAAGAAUAGAAAAUUUACACGCAUACAUUAAAAAAUAUAACAUACCCGAAGAAAAUAAAUGCAGCAGCUGAAAUAAUGAAUACGAUACCUAGCUAACACGUAUUAUUAUACCAAAUCAAUUAAAGAUCUAAUUAUUAAACAGAUGAACAAACAACAAUCCAAUAGCAAACAAUUAAAUACACACACACAUACAUACAUAGAAUAUCUAAUUUUACCAAUAACACAAUAAAGAGAGAGAGAAAAAAACCAAAGCUAUCCGAGAAUAGCUAAAUGCAAAUCAGCACCAUUCUCAGACGUCAAUAAGUCUAACUGUUUGUUAUGAGUGUGUAUGUUUCUUCAGAAAAUACCGUUAUUUGCCAAAUUUCAAGUAUUGAUACGACCACGUGUUGAUCAACAACAAAACCAAUUUAGAUGUAAAAAAGACAACACAAACAAAAACCUUCAGUGUACUCGUAUAUGUAUAUGUUAUGUACGUUCGAAUAUGAAAUAAUUUAGAGCACUUACUCGAUAUUUGCUGAAUACACACAAAUAAAUGUUACCGAAUAUGCAAAUUUA